UUAUACAGGAAAAAUCCCAACAUGGAUUUUUCUGCUGUGAAUAAGAGACUGGGAGAAUUAUGGGCAUUAGUACCAACAACCCAGAAAUAUAACUGGAAACGGCGAGCAAAACGCCUGGCUGCCAAAGGUAAUCAGAAGGGCUCCAUGAUUAGCACAGGCAAGGCUGCCAAACAGUCUCAGAACACCGCUCGCAGCAAUCUCAUCAACAAAGGUGGUGUGAAACCCCAACAAGUUGUGCGCACAUCGUCAAAGCAGUCGGAUGUGGGACCGCCAGCGCCUACCCAGAAGGCACACACGUCAACACCAAAAGCAAAUCGAUCUGUUGUAACAUCUAUCAGUGACCACAGUCCACCAAGUGCCUACAAAGUGACUGGAAGUUCACCUAUUGACGUUGCUGCGCACAUCAAGCUACUGGGAGAAUCACUGAACAAUAUUGGACAAAAGCUGAAGGAACAUGAGGGUCAGAUUGCUGUGUCAGGGAGUUUGUCUGUGCUGCUAGACUCGAUGUUGUGUGUCCUUGGACCACUGACAUGCCUAACAGCCCAGGUAGAGGAGAUAAGGGGAGCUGUACCAGAGCCCACUUUGAUGAAUAUACUUGAUAACAUUGCAUAUAUAAUGCCUGGCAUUGUUUAAAAUUUCAUUGUAAUUUGUGACCGCUGUCUCUGUUAUGCCUGGAUGAAAGUAAAAUUAUUUAUAUUA